UCACCGCCAAGUGAUACUAAUAAAGUUAUUGAGAGGGGCGGGGCGCCGGAGAUCCUGUAUCCAAUAGUCGGUGGAGUGCGGGCCGUCUCCUUGGUAACGGCGGCCGCUCUGUCCCACUCUCUAUGGUGGAGGACUGAUCAUCAUGGCGGCCGGCGGUGGUGACGGGUUGGCGGUUCCGCGCUGUCUGAUUGUGCUCGGGAUGGCCGGCUCCGGGAAAACCACGUUCGUGCAGAGGAUGACGUCAUAUCUUCACGGGAAGAGCUGUCCACCCUACGUCAUCAACCUGGACCCGGCCGUGCACGAGAUCCCCUUCCCUGCAAACAUAGAUAUCCGGGACACUGUCAAUUACAAGGAGGUGAUGAAGCAAUACGGCCUUGGACCCAAUGGCGGCAUCGUCACCUCCCUUAACCUGUUUGCCACUCGCUUUGACCAGGUGGUGAAGUUCAUAGAGAAGAAGCAGAAGAACUGUCAGUACGUCCUCAUAGACACCCCCGGACAGAUCGAGGUGUUCACGUGGUCGGCCUCCGGGUCCAUCAUCACAGAGGCGCUGGCGUCCUCCUUCCCCUCAGUGGUGGUUUACGUCAUGGACACCUCCCGCAGCACCAACCCCGUCACCUUCAUGUCCAACAUGCUGUACGCCUGCAGCAUCAUGUACAAGACCAAGCUGCCCUUUAUCGUCGUCAUGAACAAG